GUAUUGAUAUGAGGAAGAUAAUUUUCUUUAUAUAGUACAUGCCCUUUGCUUGACAACAGCAGGUCACCUUCAUUAUUAGCGUAGUCAGGAUGCAGGCGGUGCGCGACGCUAAGCUGACCGGCAAGGUGGCUAUUAUUACCGGGGCCUCCUCCGGGAUUGGUGCUGCAACUGCCAAACUUUUUUCCAAACUCGGGGCAACUCUGACAAUUACUGGAAGGAACAUUGAAAAUUUGAAUGCUGUUGCAGCUGAAUGUACAAGAAUUGGUAAUAAGCCACUGAUAAUACAAGCUGAUUUAAUGAAUGAAGUAGACACAAAGCAAAUUGUGGAGCAAACAAUUGAGAAGUAUAGCAAGCUGGACAUCCUUGUGAAUAAUGCUGGCAUCCUGGAGAAAGGGAGCAUUCAGAACACUUCCUUAGAACAAUAUGACCGGCUGAUGAACACUAAUGUCAGAUCAAUAUACCAUCUGAUAAUGUUGGCAGCUCCUCAUCUCAUUGAAACACAAGGAAACAUUGUCAACAUUUCCAGUGUUAAUGGCAUGCGUUCGUUUCCUGGUCUCAUUGCAUACAACAUUUCAAAAGCUGCAGUUGAUCAGAUGACACGCUGCAUUGCUCUAGAGCUUGCAGAGAAGAAGGUCCGUGUGAACUGCAUCAACCCUGGUGUGGUGAUAACUGAACUACAGAAACGUGGAGGCCUUGGACCUGAAGCUUAUGCUGCUUUUCUGGAACGUUGCAAAACAACACAUGCUCUAGGACGUCCUGGUCAGCCUGAUGAGGUGGCAGUAACCAUAGCCUUUCUGGCCUCUGAUGAUGCCUCCUUCAUCACGGGUGUUACAGUGCCUGUGGAUGGUGGGCUCCAUGCCAUGUGCCCCUAUUGAGUGAUGGGUUGUGUGAAAUACUGACAAGAUUCAUUCUAAGGUGGAGGACCUGUUGCCCCUAACCAACCUGUCGGUACCUAUCCUCGGGCAAAGCCUCAUGGUAGGUGGCUUAAUUUCCACCCUGUUUGGGCUCUCCACCUUCCAUGCUGCUACUAAGUGGUAGUGGUGUGGGGAAUUGAAAUUAAACCUGUCCCUUUUCCUCUUCUUUUGUAUUUGUUUAUGUCUACAUUUGUUUUGCGUGUGUUGGUGUGUGCGAGGUUUCCACUCAGGAGGGGGCAGUGUUGCAGAAAUGGCUGGAAGACUGAUAUAAAAAUAAAAAUACAUAAAAAUUACAUAAAAAAUGUAUAAAAAUAAAAAAGUACAUAAAAAUGUAUAUGUAUGGACUGUGAAGCAUCUGCCAGCAUCUGUGUAUUAAGUUGUCUUUUCUAGUUUGUGAAUGAAGCAUGGUAGUGUUAUUCUGAGUUAGUAUAGAGUUUUACCUGUAUUAGCUAGGGAAGUGUGUGAGUGUGUGUUGUGUGUAUGAAUUAAUGUGUGUUUAUAAGUCACAUAUUGUCAGUGUUUGAAGUAAGUGUCUAUAUGGCUGUGAGGUGGCAAGAGUCUUCUUUGGAGCCCCAGACAUGAAGUGUUUAAUAAACCGGAAGAGAAUU